AUGAGAAGAGCUAGAGUUUACUUUGGUUCUAAACGACAAAGAAGAGGAGUUGUCUAUGAAACGCACUCCGAAAGUGAUGAAUAUGAGUAUCUGGACGAAUCAAAAGAUGAGGAAGAGAAUACGAAUACUCCGGUUCCUGAUAGUGGAGAUUCUGAAGAGGAUGAUGAAGAAUACGAAGCGAAUUACAUUGACGAUUUAAACAACGAAUUUGAAGGAGACUUGUUUAAUCGAGAUGAUGGUGAUUAUGCAGAAAGUGAUGAAGAUAAGAGUGUUAGUGAUGAUGCGGAAUACAACGAAAACGGAACAAUUGGGGAAGGAAAAGACCACAGACUACUGGCUCUGGUAAAUUUUUAUUGUGCCGAAUCCAUAUCAGAAGGUUUCUUACAAAGGAUGCUCCACUUAAUGGCUGUUUUGUACGGAGAAUCUCCACCGUUCAGCGCGAAUCAAGUUAUGAACGUUGUAACAAAGGCUGGAAGAAAAGGCGUGAAAGGUGUUUCGUAUUACUGUAGCCGAUGCGGCACAGAGAAAAACGGGAAGAACUCCCAAUGUCCGAACUGCCCGACAAGUAACAUAAACAUACUGGAUAGAUUGACAUUUGUGAAGUGUGACUUGAAAUAUCAGAUGACCAAUCAGUUGAUUUACCACGGGAGAGAAAUCAUUAUGGCACAUCAAAAGAUUCAUCAGAAGGAAAUAAAUUUUCAGUCGAAUGACAUAAGAGGAUAUGGGAAAUAUAUAAAAUCAAUUGAGUCUAAAGCCGAUUUCGAUUCACAAGUUAUUAACUUGCUGUAUUCAGUGUUUUCUGACGGAGCCGCAUUUUCGAAAAUAAGCCGAAGAGAGGUGACGCCAGUAUUAUGCAGAUUGGAAGGCCUGGAUAUGGACUCCAAAAAGGGCGGUAAUGUGUACAAUAUGAUCUCAAUGGUGUUCUGCGACGGUGGGGUGAAGAAGACGUUUUUGGAGAAAUUUGUGGAACAGUCUUUCUCGGACUUACCAAGUCAAAUAGAGGUUCGUGUUGAUGGAAGGAUUUGGACAUUCAGGCUCGUCAUUUUAUCUUAUUUAUCAGAUAUGAAGGAAAGACUUCUCCUAACUCGUUUGCCGAACUGGCACCAGUUAACAGGAUGCUCUCAAUGUCUUACCACUGGCCAGAAAAAAUCACAUGGUAUAACAUAUGUCAAUCCGCUACCUUCUAUCUACAAAUAUUUCCCACCAUCUUCAUUUGUCAUUGACCCGUUCCACAUAAAGGGGUCCGGAAUUUGCAAAACAAUCGUGAACGAAGUGUUGAAACCGAACUCGUGGACGAAUUUGAAACUGGUUCCUGGCGCAAUCACGAGUAUAAUCAAUAGCAUCGAGGGAAUCAAGGCCUACACGUAUGACAAUGUUCCGUUAGCAUCACUUCGGAAACUAUCAAAAACAACAGGCAGAGAGAUGGAGAAGCUAAGCAGAUUGAUAAGUGGAAUUGUGGGAUUUGAGGGUCUCUCCCUACGCAAUGACUUCAAUGUCCUCUUCAUCGGAUUCCUUUAUGCUUUGACACUUCAAGAACGUUUUCAUAAACAAACAACACGAAGUGCUUCUAAAAAGAAGAAAAACGAAGAAGAUGAGCAUUCGAAGAAAAUAUUGGAGCAAAUUGUUCAAGAGAGAACAACAAAAACUCCCGUCAAUGAUCCAGCUGAUUCGGAUUCAGACAUGACGCCUACUUCUGCUUUAAAAGGAGAAUUUCUGCAAAACAAGCCACAUGAAAUUGUGAAUACUUCACAUGAUAUUACGUCAACUGAUUAUUCCCAAGCCGGCACCAGCCAAUCGAUGUAUUCGCAUUUAAUGCCCAGAUAUCCGUUCGAAGGACGUUCUUAUGAUAUAUCCCAUGUCACUUUUGACAGAAAUCAGAAUAUGAAUCCGAUUAAUAAUAUUCCAUAUGCUCCGUUUCGAAGUGAGAUGCCUGUUUCUGAUUUCCGCCGGAAUACGACAUUCGAUAAUGAAAUGCCUUCACACAUUCAUCAAUUGAACCAUGCAACACCUCUUAAUGAAAUACUUGCCAGAUCCAUCUCUAAAGAUGGAGUUCUAGAUCUUUAUAGAGCUGGUGCAGCUGUCCACGCGUCAUACAGCCGUUGCGAAGCUGGCACAGUCAACGAAUUACAAAAAGAAGGGGAGAUGGAAUAUAAAAGUUUGGUAGGAGCGAUUUAUCGAACGAGAAGUCUCAACUUGCAAUACCCAGCAGAAGCACCAUUUUCCGGAGGAAGCAUGUUCCUUGUGGAUAGACCAGUUUCAAAAGGUCGGAGAAUUGAAGAGUCUCAUGUUGUAUUAAAACGUCUCAUAUUUCAAUUAUUGGAAAGAAGUUGUAGUGUGCCCACCGAUAUUCAAACGACAUCCUGGAAUUUACCAUAUGAGAAUUCGUACUCAACACACUCUUUUUUCCCCGAAAAACUGUAUAUCGAUAUGCGAACGUUCUUCCUAAACUACUUCGGAAUCGAAGAGGUCGAACUGGAAAAUGGCUUAUGGAGCGAUAAUUUUGCAAACUUAAAGUGUCUCGCUUCUUGGGAAACUGUUGCAGUGAAAAAGAAACGUUUCGGAGCACUGAGUUCAGCCAGAGCCGCGUUCAUGUCCAAGGACGGGUUUCAUAGCUGCCUACGAGAAGCGUUGAAGGAGAUUAAAAGAGCUCGAUACGAUCCACCUUCAUCAGGAUCUUCUUUCGGAACGUGGACUUUCAGAAAACGUAACAAAACUCGCGACCUGCCUCACUCUUCUCUGCAAUGA